AUGGCAGGCGGCGUCCCCGUGCUGACCCGCGCCUCGGCGCUCAACAUUGCCGAAUAUGAGGGCAAGCUGACGUGGUAUGUCAUCAUCGUGGCGCUCAUCGCCUCGGCAGGCGGCCUGCUGUUUGGGUACGACAUCGGCAUCACGGGCGGCGUGGAGGCCUUUGAGGAGUUCCAGCAGAAGUUCUUCCCUGAUGUGUACAACGCCAAGCACGGCCCCGAGGCUCAGGCCAGCACAGACCCCUACUGCACCUACAACGACCAGAAGCUGCAGGUGUUCACAUCCUCCCUCUUCCUGGCCGGUCUCGUGUCCUCCCUCUUCGCCGGCCACAUCACGCGCCACUUUGGGCGCAAGAUCACAAUGAUCAUUGCGGCCCUCUGGUUCCUGGCCGGCGCCGGCCUCAACGCCGGCGCCCAGGAGCUGUGGAUGCUUGUCUUGGGCCGCGUCUUCCUGGGCUUUGGCGUGGGCAUGGCCAACCAGGUUGUACCGCUGUACCUCUCCGAGAUGGCACCCUUCAAGUACAGGGGUGGCCUCAACAUGCUCUUCCAGCUGGCAGUCACCAUUGGUAUCAUCGUGGCCCAGCUCAUCAACUACGGAGUGCAGGACUGGUCCCACGGCUGGCGCCUGUCGCUGGGCCUGGCCGCCGUGCCCGCCUUUGUGCUGCUGCUGGGCGGCAUCCUGCUGCCCGAGUCGCCCAACUCCCUCAUUGAGCGAGGCCACCUGGACCGCGGUCGCCACGUGCUGGAGCGGCUGCGCGGCACCACCAACGUGCACGCAGAGUACAACGACAUCAAAGAGGCCUCUGACACGGCGGGCCAAAUCAAGCUGCGCGACAGCUGGAAGGCCAUGUUCACCCGCCCAUACUCUCCGAUGCUGGUGGUCACCUGCAUGAUUGCCAUGCUCCAGCAGUGGACGGGCAUCAACGCGAUCAUGUUCUACGUGCCCGUCAUCUUCAACUCCCUGGGAUCCUCCAAAAAGUCCUCCCUCCUCAACACCGUCAUCAUCGGUGCUGUCAACGUGGUGAGCACCUUCGUCAGCAUCCUGUCGGUGGACAAGUUUGGCCGCCGCUUCCUGUUCAUCGAGGGAGGCGUGCAGAUGGCUUCGGCGCAGAUCGUGACGGGCGUGGUGCUGGCCAAGGAGUUUGGAGCGGACAACAAGCUGCCUCACGGCACCGCCAUCGGCGUGCUGGUCGUCAUCUGCGUGUUUGUGGCCGGCUUCGCCUGGUCCUGGGGCCCCCUGGGCUGGCUGGUGCCCUCUGAGAUCCAGACCCUGGAGACGCGCGCUGCGGGCAUGAGUGCGGCUGUGACCAUCAACUUCCUGUUCAGCUUCGUGGUCGGCCAGGCUUUCCUCACCAUGCUGUGCAGCAUGCGCUGGGGCGUCUUCAUCUUCUUCGCCGCCUGGGUGGUGCUCAUGACUUUCUUCAUUUGGUUCUUCCUUCCUGAGACCAAGGGGGUGCCUGUGGAGCGCAUCCAGGUCAAGUUUGCCAAGCACUGGUUCUGGUCCAAAUGGAUGGGCCCCGCGGCGCAGGACGUCAUCAACCGCGACGAGACGCGCACCGCCACCCGCAAGGCCGGCCAGAUGGAGGGUGCGGCCCCCUACCCGGCUGCGCCCGCUGGCGACAUGCCUCCCAGGACCGUCACCGCCGACGUGGCGUGA